CUCGACUUGUGUCUUCCAAUUUUACAUUCGUUCUUCAGUAAAUAAAAGAUAUCCUAACCCUUUCAAUAUGUCGGAUCACGAAUCUGAAUACGAAUCUGAGGUAGAAGAAGUUGAAGAGGAAGAACAAGAAGAAGUUCAGGAGGAAGCUGAACCCGAACCUGAGAAGGUCGAGGAAACAAAACCAGAAGAGAAAAAUGACAAACCAGCGCCACCAAAAUUUUCCAUGCCUGCCAUGGCACCUCCAAAAAUUCCCGACGGAGAAGUUCUUGAUCUUGAGGAUAUCCAACGUAAAAGAAUGGACAAGGAUCUUAGCGAGCUUCAGGGACUCAUCCAAGCCCACUUUGAAACGAGAAAGAAGGACGAAGAAGAUAUUGAACAACUACGAGUAAGAAUUGAAAAACGAAAAGAGAAGCGUGAGGAACAAAUGAGAAUUCGUCAAGAACGAGAGAAAGAAAGAAUGGCUCGCGAAAAGGAAGAGAGAAAGAGAAAGGAAGAAGAAGAAGAACAAAAAAGAGUGGAAGAAGAAGCUCGUAAAAAGGCAGCAAUAGCAAACAUGUCUCUUCACUACGGUGGAUACUUGGCAAGAGCCGAAAAGAACAAACCAAACAAGAGACAGACAGAUCGUGAAAAGAAGAAGAAGAUAUUGGCUGACCGAAGAAAACCACUGAACAUCGAUCAUUUGAACAGCGAUAAACUUCAAGAAAAAGCACAAGAGUUGUGGGACUGGCUUUUCACAUUGGAAGAAGAAAAAUACGAUUUUGAACAAAGAAUUGAUCGACAAAAAUAUGAUAUAAACCAACUUCGUCAACGAGUGAACGAAUACAUGGGAAAAUUCUCGAAAAACAAGAGACAAGCAGGAGGAAAAAUGAACAUCGGACCAAGAGGAGGAGUUGCCGCCAAAUCCGGAGUUUUCAAAUAAAAUAUACAACGAUAUCAUCGAAACGAACAAUUCAAAACUUUUGACUGAAUUUAUUAUCGUAUCUACUCCGACUAGGCAAAUAAAAUGAGUGAUCUGCGAACUAGAAUACAUAUAUAGAUGAUGUUUAAUCAUCUAUCUAUGUUUUGGUGAUAAAUUCUCGAGUAUUGUUAAUUGUUUUAUUAAUCUUUAUUUAUAGCAAAAUUCGGCAACGCAUGUUUUAUUAUUUGUUCGUUUAUGUGCAACUGAUUUUCAGUGAAAUUUCCUGUGAAUGAAUUGAUAUUUUUAUUGGUUCUUUCAUAUCUCAUAAUAAACAAUAUUGAAACAUGUGGA